GGAGGCGCGCGCGCACAUUGCAAGUGUAGUGAUUGCCCAGCACAGGACUUUAGUGCUGAUCUUCCAAGUUCAUUGUUUUCAGAUAUAAAAGUAGUGCAACGUAGUGAUAAUUUGGAAACAUAAUAAAUAAUAAAAUGGACAUAAUAAACCGAAUAGUCGACGGUUACCAUGACCUCAUGGACAACAAAAGUGACCAGAGAGUGAAAGAUUGGUUCCUAAUGUCUUCACCUUUCCCCACAUUAUGCAUCUGUCUCACAUACGUUUUCGUAGUAAAGGUAAUAGGUCCACAAUUUAUGAAAAACCGGAAACCCUUCGACCUAACACGUGUGUUGAUUUGGUACAACCUAUUUCAAGUAGUCUUCAGCGCUUGGCUGUUUUACGAAAGUAUCGUCAGUGGAUGGUUCUGGUCUCAUAGUUUCAGAUGCCAACCCGUAGACUACUCUAGAACGCCACACGCUAUGCGAACAGUAGCUGGCUGUUGGUGGUAUUAUUUCUCGAAGUAUACGGAAUUCUUCGACACGUUCUUCUUCGUUUUACGGAAGAAGUUUGAUCAUGUAUCGAAGUUGCACGUCAUUCAUCACGGCAUCAUGCCUAUGUCUGUCUGGUUUGGAGUCAAGUUCACGCCUGGCGGUCACUCGACGUUCUUCGGAAUGCUGAACACGUUCGUGCAUAUCGUCAUGUACUCGUACUACCUCCUUGCAGCCCUAGGUCCUAAGGUUCAGAAGUAUCUCUGGUGGAAAAAGUACAUCACAGUCAUACAAAUGAUUCAAUUCGUGCUGGUGUUCUUACAUGCCUUCCAACUUCUCUUUAUCGACUGCGACUACCCCCGAGCAUUCGUCUGGUGGAUCGGAAUGCACGCUGUCCUCUUCUACUAUCUAUUCUCAGAUUUUUACAAACAGGCUUAUUUAAAGAAAGCCAAGAGGGCGAAAGCUGCAGAAAACUUAAUAGCGGAGACUAAGUCAGAUUCAAAAGACAGAGGUUUGCCUCUCCUCAAUGGCUUCAGCAAUGGAUCCACGCUGGGUGAUGUACGACAAAGAGUGGCAGGCGCUGUUGCAUCACAAUAGAUGUUAGUUGUUAAUAAAAUACCACCUACCUUAUUCGGGUAAACUCUUGCAAUCUCAAAUAAGGAAAGCUCAAUUAGUUAAGUUACUUUGCCUCAGACGUGUGACGCGUCGAAAUAUGAAAUCUAACCUGAUCAAAAUGUUAAAAGUAUAUGGUGCAAAUCAGAACCUAUCUCAAAUUGAGAUAAAAUAGUUGUCAGGUGACGAAACUACUUAUAAAUGUAAGUUAUGGUAUAAGGACCUCGAGGCGGCUCGUCUAAACGGUUGUUAGCUUUUUUAAAGAACUUUCAAUGGUUUUAAUUAAACUAUGUAUGUUUUAUCAAUAAGUAAGAUACAAGGCAUAAAAUGAUACUGGAUAUCGUCAUAAAAUGAUAAUGUUUACGCGAGUACUACAAAUUAAAAAUCUUGAUCUUUAAAAUCUUCUUCAACGAACGAAAAUGUGUUUUUUUUAAUCCUGUGGUCAACAGAAUAGCUGGUACGAUUCCUUGCUGUAUGUGGCAAGAAUUUUUAUAUUAUUAUCAUAAAAUGAAUCAUAUUUCCACCAGAUUUUCGUAUUAUUACUUGAAACUAAUUGUGAAAUUACUGGAAAUUGUUUAAGAAUGAGGAUAUUGUUCAAGAAUAUAUAAUUACUCAAUACUUAUAUAAUAAUAAUUAAUAAAGUUUCCUUGUUUAGAGAAGGAAGAAGCGGUUACAUUGGUCUUUCGUUAUUCAUCAGCUAUUAAAACUGUUUAUUGUUCAUUUGGAUAAGAUUUCUAGAAAGCUUGAUGUGAGAGAAUCUCAGGUGUAAUAAUUGCAUUUGGUUUAAAUAUUUAUAUGUACAUAUUUACGUUAAGCCUCUUUUUAAGCCUUUUUUUUUUUUUAAAAAAGUACUUAUUGUGACCUUUGGCAUUUGAUAUUGAUAAAAAGUUAAUACGUUAAUGUAAAAAAUACACAAGGGUAUUAAAGAAUGUUGUUUAAUAAAGGCUUAAAACGCGAAUCAAAGUCCAACCGUUACUGACAAUUUAGUUUAUAUUUCAGUCGAACAAAAAUUGUGUUGAGAAUAUUUGAUCAAGGAGGCAUUUCAAUUGUAGUUUUGUAAGUAGAAUUAGUUAUUAGUUAUAGGUUUUGUCAAAGGUAUCGUUUGAUAAGAAAUGUAACAAGACUUGACAAAAAAUAUAACUCCAUAAAUGUACAACUUUGUGAUACCUAUUUAAUUAAAAUAAUAACAACAGA